AUGCAACUGCGCGGGCUUCUUCACGAUACCGGUACCGGUACCGGUGGUAGUAUGAGACCAAGAGACACGAUGCGCGUCUACCAUAUAAUUCUCAAGACGCAUGGCAAACAGCCGCGCGCCAUGGGAAGCUAUGACGCACACCGACAAUUCCACUGGCUGAUUCUCAUGGAACUUUGCAAGCGGUGCGACGCCUUAACACUAGGUAGGUAUCGGUGCGGUACCAUACUAUAG